GACACUUACAGAAUGAACCUGGCUAAAGGAGUCUCAGUGUCGCUGCCGUCUUCGCCUCUGCUGCCACGCCAGUCCUAUCUGAUGCAGUCAAGAUCGAACAAAAAGUCUCCAGGUCCAACCAGGAAGCCCAAGUAUGUGGAAAGUCCAAGGGUGCCAGGUGAGGCAGCUCUGCCGCUGAGAAAAGGAUCAGAGCAAGGAGAACCCAGUCAACAUGCAAAGCCUGAUAAAGAGUCGAGCUGUUCUCCUGCAGCACAAGAACUGAUGACAAGAUUGGGUUUUUUACUGGGAGAAGGGAUUCCAACUUCUGCUCAUAUAGAAGAGAAAAAUGAAGUCAUGUGUACGGUAGCCGGCCAGGGAGUGAGUCCCUGUUCCACCCUCACAAGCAGCACCACGUCCCCCAGCACGGACAGUCCCUGCUCAACCCUCAACAGCUGUGUUGGCAAAGCCGUGGCUAACAAGGGUAGUCCCUGUGGAACCAUCAGCAGCCCCAGCUCCACCCUGGAGAGCAAGGACAGUGGAAUUAUAGCAACUAUAACAAGUUCAUCAGAAAAUGAUGAUCGUAGUGGAUCCAGUUUGGAAUGGAGCAAGGAUGGGAGUCUCAGAGCUGGAAAACAUCAAGGGAUUAAUCAUGAUCGAAGAACAGAUAAUUGUUCACCAGUUGCAGAAGAGGAGGCUGUUGGGUCUGCUGAGAAUUUGCCAAAAGAAGUACCAACAGGAGAGGGUCCCGUUCCUUACGCUCAAAGUUCUGGCUCUUUAAUAAUGCCUCGUCCAAACUCCGUUGCAGCAACAAGUUCAACCAAACUGGAAGAUCUGAGCUACUUGGAUGGACAAAGAAAUGCUCCUUUACGCACUUCAAUUCGCUUACCUUGGCACAACACUGCUGGCGGAAGAGUGCAACAGGAAAGUAAAGCUCGUUUUGUCCCCUAUAAGCCUCAAGACAUUUUGCUGAAGCCACUGUUGUUUGAAGUUCCAAGUAUAACAACAGACUCGGUGUUUGUUGGAAGAGAAUGGCUGUUUCAAGCGAUUGAAGAAAACCUGAAGAAUCCUGAUCCAGCAGAGAACAGAGGAGCAGUCAUUACUGGAAACGUAGGAUUUGGGAAGACUGCAGUUAUUUCACGGCUGGUGGCACUGAGCUGCCAUGGAGGUCGCAUGAGGCAAAUAGCUUCAAACAGCCCUAAUUCAUCCCCCAAAAGUGGUGACUCCUGUCAGGAGAUUCCUUUGAGUCGGUUACCCCCAUCUGCUCCUCCAACAAGUGGUUCCAGUACAACAAAGACUCUGACUUGUCCUGGUAGUACUGAAUUCCAGAAUCAAACAGGUGAUUCUGUAAGACACCUUGCUUCCAAGGUCGUUGCUUAUCACUACUGUCAAGCUGACAACACAUACACGUGCCUUGUCCCGGAAUUUGUGCACAGUAUUGCAGCUUUACUUUGUCGUUCAAACCAGUUAACAGCAUACAGAGAUCUUCUCAUAAAAGAGCCUCACUUACAAAGCAUGCUUAGCCUGAGGUCUUGCGUCCAAGAUCCCGCAGCAGCUUUUAAAAGGGGAGUGUUGGAACCACUUUCAAACCUCAGGAAAGAGCGGAAAAUUCCUGAGGAAGACUACAUAAUUUUGAUAGAUGGUUUAAAUGACGCUGAAUUUCAUAAACCUGAUUAUGGUGACACACUUUCUUCAUUUAUCACAAACAUCAUCUGUAAGUUUCCUCCCUGGCUGAAGCUCAUUGUGACUGUAAGAACUAACUUACAGGAAGUUGUAAGUUCACUGCCCUUUAUCACAAUAUCCCUGGACAAUUUUCCAGACAACAAAGAAAUUCACGAUGACUUGAAUGCUUAUAUUCAGUACAGAAUUAAUAACAGCCAGGAAAUAAUAAACAACAUAUCUUUAAAUGGAAAAGCUGAUGCAGCGAUUAUUGGGAAAGUGAGUAACCACCUGAUCAUGAGAAGCCUGGGAUCUUACCUCUAUUUGAAACUCACUCUGGAUCUUUUCCAAAAAGGUCACUUAGUAAUCAAAAGUGCAAGCUACAAGGUUGUUCCAGUGUCUCUAUCAGAACUGUACUUACUUCAGUGCAAUAUGAAGUUCAUGACAAACUCUGCUUUUGAGCGAGCCCUACCGAUAUUAAAUGUGGCGCUGGCGUCCCUGCAUCCCAUGACAGAUGACCAGAUUUUCCAAGCUAUUAAUGCAGGCCAAAUAAAUAGUGAACAACAAUGGGAAGACUUCAGCCAAAGGAUGGAAGCCCUUUCGUGUUUUCUGAUAAAAAGACGUGACAAAACGCGUAUGUUCUGCCAUCCUUCCUUCAGGGAAUGGCUUGUUUGGAGAGCAGACGGGGAAAAUACUGACUUCUUAUGUGAGCCAAGGAAUGGGCAUGCUCUACUGGCUUUCAUGUUUUCUCGACAAGAGGGAAAGUUAAACCGCCAACAAACUAUGGAACUUGGUCAUCAUAUACUUAAAGCUCACAUUUUUAAGGGUCUCAGUAAAAGGACUGGGAUCUCUUCUAGUCAGCUUCAAGCCUUGUGGAUUGGCUAUAGUACUGAUGGACUGUCUGCAGCCCUUGCUUCCCUGAGAAACAUCUAUACGCCCAAUGUGAAGGUGAGUCGGCUGCUGAUCUUGGCAGGAGCAAAUGUGAAUUACAGGACCGAAGUACUAAAUAAUGCUCCAGUGCUGUGUGUUCAGUCGCACCUGGGACAUGAAGAAGUGGUCACUCUGUUACUAGAAUUUGGAGCUGCUAUUGAUGGAACUUCAGAAAAUGGGAUGACAGCACUUAGUUAUGCAGCCGCUGCAGGUCACAUGAACAUAGUGUCACUGCUGUGCAAAAAAGGUGCAAAGGCUGACUGUGUAGACAAGAAAGGCCAGUGUGCUUUGGUGCAUAGUGCAUUGAGAGGGCAUUGUGAUAUCCUUGAAUUCUUGCUCGGUGUUGCUUGGGUAACUCCUUCCCAAGAACAGAAUUCACUAAGAAGCAGCCACACACUGCAACAAGCACUAACAGCAGCUUCCAGUAUGGGACACUGUCAGGUGGCUGGGCACAUCUUGGCAAUCGGAAGGGAACACAAGAUAGACAUCAAUGACACCGAUGCCUUGUGGGGAGAAACAGCCCUGACAGCUGCUGCAGGAAGAGGAAAACUGGAAGUCUGUGAAUUACUUCUUGAACAUGGAGCAGCUGUGACGAGAGCUAACAGGAGGGGGAUUGCUCCGCUCUUCUGUGCAGUACGGCAGGGGCACUGGCAGAUUGCUAAACUUCUGGUGGAGCAUGGGUCUGACGUGAAUUUAAGCGACAGGCAAGGCCGAACUCCGCUUAUGGUGGCUUCUUGUGAAGGACAUUUGAGCACUGUGGAAUUUCUGCUUUCUGAAGGUGCAACUAUUUCGUCUCUGGACAAAGAAGGACUGACAGCUUUGAGCUGGGCAUGUCUAAAAGGCCACAGGGAAGUGGUUCAGUAUUUAGUUGAGAAAGGCGCAACAGUUGAUCAGACGGACAAAAAUGGACGAACACCCCUAGACUUGGCAGCUUUUUAUGGAGAUGCUGAUAUUUUUCAGUAUUUGGUAGAGAAAGGAGCAAUGAUCGAGCACGUUGACCACAGUGGCAUGCGGCCGCUGGACAGAGCUAUCGGGUGUCGCAAUACAUCGGUAGUGGUUAUGCUCCUGAGAAAAGGAGCUAAACUAGGAAAUGCAGCAUGGGCAAUGGCCACCUCAAAACCCGAUAUUCUCCUUAUUCUGCUGCAGAAGCUGAUAGAAGAAGGAAAUAUACUGUACAAAAAAGGGAAGAUGAAGGAAGCAGCGCAGCGCUAUCAGUAUGCUUUGAGGAAGUUUCCGAGGGAAGGAUUUGGAGAAGAAAUGAAAGUGUUCAAUGAGCUGAGAGUUUCGUUAUACCUAAAUAUAUCACGAUGUCGCCGAAAAACAAAUGACUUUGGUAUGGCUGAAGAGUUUGCUACCAAAGCGUUGGAUCUGAAACCCAAGUCUUAUGAAGCCUAUUACGCUAGAGCAAGAGCCAAGAGGAACAGCAGAAAGCUACUUGCUGCUCUCGCUGACUUACGUGAAGCCACACAGCUAUGUCCUAGCAAUCAAGAGAUAAAACGUCUCUUGGCUCGAGUAGAAGAGGAUUGCAAACAGCUCCAGAGGACACAGCAACAGAAGCAUCAGUCUCCACAGCUACUGCAGCAGAUUACCAACUCUGAUAACGAGGAGGAGGACAUUAUACAAGGUGUGAAUGAUAAUUUUAAUCUUCAGGACAGGGAGGAAGAACUACCACACUGUGACGAAUCUGUUUCCUCUCCACAAAGGCUGCAGCAUUCUUUAGCUGCUUCAUCACACAGCAGGACCCUUCAAGGCGGCGUUCAGCAGAAAGCUCGAUCUGUGUCCCCACAAAGCAGAACGGGCAGUAAGUUUCUGAGAGAGCCAGGCUUGAUCAUGCAGCCAACAAAGCAGGCCCAGAUAGUCAAAACUAAUCAGCACCUGAGCUCCAGCCAGCCGGGGUCGAAACCGGGCAGCAGUCAGUGUCAUACAAAGACACAGUCAUCUUUUCAGCAUCUUCCCCAAAGCCCCUUGCCAGGCCGUCACUCUAAAACUCAGCACUUGGAUGCAACAAGCACAUUACCAUCCGGAAGCGUUCCCACAGGUUCUAGCUCUGAACUGUACAGUGAGAAGUUUGCGUCCAGCCAGUGUUCCCAUUCGCAGCAUCAUGACAAACUCUCUUCUCGUUCUUUUGCAAGUAAGUCUAAACCCGCCGACAGGCUAGCAGCCUCUGCUCAGAUGAAUUUCAGUGAAGCCAGGCAGCAGAGUCCUGCAGCCAGUGGUGUCUCACCUAGCUCUCCAUCCAGCAGUACGACUCCUGCCAGCUCAGCCAGCAGCUUCAAUUCGGCCAGCAGCUGCUCAGAUAGCAUGAAGGCGCUAGGCCCAGACGUUCGGCUCAAGGAGAGUAGCGUUCCUCACGGUCAGGGUGCUGUUGCUGAACACAGACCUCGCAAUACCCCGUUCAUGGGAAUCAUGGAUAAGACUGCAAGGUUUCAGCAGCAAAAUGCUCAACCCAGUCGCACUUGGCACUCUCAGGUGUCAGAUGGAUUAUCAACAAAUGCUGCUUCUGGGGGCGUUCAAUCCUCAAAUUUUGAGCAGUUCUCAAUCAAACACUACCAGACUAAAGUCUCCUCUGCUGGGGCUGCCCCAGGAGACAGCAGCCAGAAUGGUAUGCAAGCUAAAGAACAUGAGGAGCUUCAGUGCCACGUGACUGCCCGCUGUCAGGACAACAGGGCACCUAAACAAGCUUCGCAUGUGUACCCAGACGCUGCACCAAAACAGCAGGUUCUCAUCAGUAAGGAGGGCCACCUCAGCCAUGUCACGUCUACAAAGCCAAAGCGAUCAUUCGUUGAAUCGAAUGUGUAA